CCUGCGCGGAGCAAAACAUGGUUGCUAGUGGCGACGGAGCAACUGAAACUUUUUUAUGACGCUAGUUUAAAGAAAAAAACUAACUGAACUGAAUUUAUUUUAAAGCGCUCAAUUUGCUUUUGUUCAUUAUGGCAGUUCCACAACGAAACGUAAACAACCUCCGGAAGGUGGAAGACAACACGGGAGAGCCUGUGGACAUUAUUCAGAGUUCACUGGAGAAACAUUUAAGUUUGUCUUCAGAAGAUACGACUGAGAUGCUGCGAGCCAGGAUCAGUGAGCAGUCAAGCUUGAUUUGCAUACUGAAACAGAGAUCAGAUGAUCUGCUUGUAAAAUAUCAAGGCCUGCAACAAAUCAAUUCAGAGCUGGAGGACAGAUUGACAGACUGCCAAGAGGAACUGGAUGAGCAGAGAAGCAAAGCAGAGCUAUUAGAGACAAGAUUCAUGGAUUUAUCUGACAACAAUCAGGCAAUUAUUGCUUUCAUGGAGGAGUACAAAAGCCUAAAUUCCCAAUUAAAGGUGGAAAACAAGCAGCUACAAGCAGAAAAUAACACUCUUUUCUGUCAAAAGUUACGCGAUAAAGAAUUAGUUGUUCAAAACCUAAUGCAAGAAAUCCAACAGCUGACAGAUACGUGCAAAAGUAAUGAAAUUAAAUAUCGGGAAACAUUGACUGGUCAGCAGGCAAAGCUCUUGGAACAAGCAGCUCAGCAUCAAGAGACAGAGACAUCCCUACUUCAUCAGCUACAGCAAGCUCAGCAGGAGCAAAGAGAUGCUGUAGAGAUGUGCAAAGAGUUGAAGCUGAAACUUAAAAAUGCUGAAGAGCAUUCUUUAAAGGAGGCCAGCUUGAGAAAGAACAUAGCAAGCCUCACCAAAGAGAAAGAGGAAUUACUGUCCCUGUCAGUGGAAAGAGGGAUAAAAAUACAGGAGAAGCAAGAGGAAAUACAGCAGCUGGAGAAAAAACUGGAAGAAGAAAAGAAUGCCAGGACAAAAGCAGAGGAAAGAUUUCAACGCGAAGCAAACGUUCUUAAUGCCGAUGUCAGAGUGAAGUCUCUCCAGUCUGAUCUCGACGAAUCCCUAAUAAAAUAUGGGGAGCUGAAGAAGGAUUUUGAAGCUUUCAAAAGUCACAGCACCAGUCUCCUCAAACAGGAACGGGAGUUAAAUACAAAACUCAGACACAUGAUGGGAUAACGUUGGAGCUUUGAUUCUAAUAAAGCGAAUUCAUUGACACGAA